GCGGUUUAUUGAACAGCCUUGUUUUUUCUGACUGAAGGCCCUGUUAGAGUUGAGCUGUCAUCUGUAAGUUGACCAGCUGUGUUCAUUGGAUAUAAUCUCCAAUGUACUUUCCGGCAUGCUAGAUGGAAAUAAUCGAGCAAUCAAGAAGAAACGGCUUUCUUAUUACUGGAAGUGCUUUUCGUGACGCCGCCGUGCAACGAUUUUUGUCGUCACACUUUUGUUUAUCAAUUAGACUUUCCGUGCUCAUUGCAUUGCGUUCUGCCUCUUCGAAGACGCAGAUUCUCUCCCUUUUUUUUUUCACUGCUUUUUUUUUCCGCUAAAGGGAGUCUUUUCCUAUUUCCUUUUCUAGCAAUGCUAGAAACACCUGGUGCGUUUAUCGGGGAGUUUGACGCUCUCGAUGGACCCAAAGUAACAUACGCCUUUGAGUAUUUCGACUACAUCAGAGCGGCAAAGAAUGACCCAACUGUGCAUCAAUUCCUGUGCUACGUGGAGGGAAGAGCUUUGCUAGGAAAAGCUGUGGCUAGCGGUCUUCUGCACCACGAGUGCAAAGAAUACCUCAACUCGGUUGCAGCUCGUGUGCUGACAUCUAACGAAAGCCGCGAGGAGCGCCUGCUUUACCAAGACAGUGGCUGUCCGUGUGUAGGCAGCUUUCUCUUUAGCAUCCCCGACAUCGUCGCACGUGGAGAAAAGCGUCGCUUCUGCCUGAUUUUUCUCCAUCCUUCGUAUCACGAGUUAGUAGCACGCUGGGGGUUGUUAAGCUCUUUUGUUGAAGUGCUGCUGAAGCGAUGGACGCAUCGCGCCACCGUACGCUACCAAAACGAGUACGACACAUUAAAACAUUUGGAACAACUGCGUGAGGAGUCGCGCCGCAAACCACUCCGCACACUCACUCAACUCUUGACGGACUUUUGCUUCGGCAAGGUAACGUAUGAUGAUGCCACUUCGCCCGUUUCAUCCGCCGUAUUUGAGGAUUUCCACUGUUGCUUUGAAGUAAUUCUCCCCCGAGUCUUUUCGCAGCGAAUCCCUCUGCGCAGUAGUGAGGAAAGCACCGCACACCGAGAAGCCGAAAAAUUCCUCGAGGAACAUCUGUUGUUGGCGCAGUCUAGUAUCGACCGCGUGGAUGUCGAUCUUGCGGAUUUGCCAGAAGAUGACGUUGUACUUCCGCGCUUUGCCAAGCAGUUUGUCCUAGCGGAUACAGAGAUUGUUGUGAAGCCGCUCCCCGUUUGGCUGCUGGAGUACAUGUCCGACAUGGUUGCAGAUGAUGUCACUGUGGAGUCGCAACAAGUCGUUCAUUUUCUGUUGCGUGCCCUCUUGAGCGGAAAUCAGAUCCUUAUCACUGGCGACAACGCACGUGACUGUGCCAGUCUGGGAAUGGCGUUGUCGUACAUGGUGCCGCCGCCCUUGGUGAAGAUGCAUCUCGGCUCCGAUCGAUACCGGAUGCCGUAUGAGAGUCGUGUCCUGACCUUUUCUCAACACGCGUUGGCAGAGCACGUCUUUGUUGAAACCCCCGCGGCCAGCGGCGAGCGCAACGCAUCGCACGUGAUUAAGCUCUUUGAUAUGGAAGCGGAUGGAAUUGUUUAUGUCCGCCUUGUUGGCGGGCGCAUUCACUGCAUACAGGACUGCGAUGAGCUUCGCCGUGCCGCUAACCACCGACAUAGCGAGAGAGAGGAAACGAAGGCGGUUUCUCCGCCCACAACGCUUGAAAACCGUAUCACUACACUGCUGAAGCCGUAUUUAAUCCCCAUUGCUGGGCGAUGUGCAAUCAACAUUGUCUCGCUUCAGCUUGUGACGACACAGUUCCAUCAGCUAGUGAGCGAGUACGCGGUGCGCGGGCGGGUGUACUUGCAGCUAUUCGCGAAACAAGAGGUGGAGACAAACAACCUUUCCCUUUCACCAACAGUUGCAGCUUCAGAGGCAGUACGCUCUUCUGCGGCAGUUUCAGAGGAAAAGUCCCCGCUACCUCGUCAGCGGACGUUCCUUUCGCGAAACCAAAGUCAGAAUGCUACGCAACGCGAAGACACUCGACAAUCGUCCUCACAGGCUGGCGAGUCAUGCCCUCUCCAAUCGAACGGUUUGGGCUCAACCGACGGACUUUCCUCUGCGCAUAUGGCAGACGGCGCACGCAUCACAAAACACGCGUGUCUCUCUCCUGGCUACGGCAAGCAAUUUCAACGCAACCAUUAUGUGUUCUCCAGCUUCGCACCUGAAGAUCACGCCAUACUAGUGUUUCUGGGCAGCGCGUGA